UACAAUUGGCAACACUUAUAUUCGCUUGUUUGAGCUUGAACGAAAUUGUAAAGUGCUUAUCACGAAUUUUAAGUUUUUCCUGGGUUUUUCUAUGUUAGAAUAAAUGAAAUUAUUCUGCGUAACUACAUGACUAAGUACCGAGAGUAAUUGUAGUAAUUUUAGUGUUAAUAUAACAGUGUAACAGUAAGUGUUAUUUACGGUGUAUCGCACUUUCAUUUUCGCAUAGUUACAAAAUAUUGCAAAAUGACUUCUGCACUUUAUUUAGAGCAUUAUUUGGAUAGUCUUCAGCAUCUUCCUAUAGAAUUACAGAGAAAUUUUAAAUUAAUGCGUGAUCUAGACGACCGUGCCCACGGACUAAUGAGGACAAUCGACCUUAUGGCUGACGAGUUGUUACCAAAUAUUCCUAAAAUGGACGAGGAGACCAAGAAAGAAAAGGUAAAUACAAUACAAGGCCUUUUCAAUAAGGCUAAGGAGUACGGAGACGAUAAAGUACAACUCGCGAUUCAGACAUAUGAGUUGGUUGACAAGCACAUACGUCGCCUUGACUCUGACCUCGCGCGGUUCGAAUCUGAGAUACAGGAGAAAGUAAUGAGCGCACGUGCGGCUCAGCAGGCUGCCGCCGACCAGGAGCCCAACGCAGCCACCGUCAAGAAGGGCAGGAAGAAGAACAAGAUGAACGACAAGACCACAGCUACAACAGGUAAAAAGAAGCGCGCUGGAGCGUCCAGCGAGGAUGACGCCGUCGCGUCUGGCAGGUCGGCCGCCAAGAAAAAGGCGGUUCGCAAGGGUGCAACUGCCACUGCCAAUGCAUCUAAAGAACAAGAAGAAAAUGCAGAUUUGGAUUCAGUUGGUGGCAUGGCACAUCCAAGUGACGUUCUGGACAUGCCUGUCGAUCCUAACGAGCCUACCUACUGCCUGUGUCAUCAAGUGUCAUACGGGGAGAUGAUAGGUUGUGAUAACCCUGACUGUCCUAUUGAGUGGUUCCACUUUGCCUGUGUUGACCUUAAAAUCAAGCCUAAAGGUAAAUGGUACUGCCCUAAGUGUACACAGGACAGAAAGAAGAAAUGAUCUACGGCCAAACCUCCAGCCAAGCAAACAGAUAAGACUGUGACUAUUAAGAAAGAAGUGAAGUGACUAGCUUUAGUUGUAAGCUACAUUAAUAUAUUCUAGUAUUUGUAGGUAAGACGUCAAAUGUGAUGAUAUUAUAAUGUUUAUGUCACUAAACUAAGACAUAUGGAGACAAUUAUACAAUACUUGAAAUGCAUGUGCAAUAAUUGUGAAACUUAAGUUAUUGUAUUAAGCAUCUAUUGUUAUGUCAUCCAGACAUGAUAAGAGAAAACAUAACAUUAUGGUAAUGUUGAGUUUAUUUAUCAAAUUUAUAUAUUAUGUAUAUUGAGAGAUACUUUAUAUAUUUGCUGCCUUAACUGUACAAGGUGUAUGUCGCUCACAAUAAAGGCAAGCUUCUCUUACAAAUGUUGGAUGUGUCAUUUCAAUUAUGAGAAAACAAACUAAAUAAAAAUGUACAAUUGCACAAAAUAAUAGUGUUCAAUUAAUAUUGUUAUGAAAUAGCUGCCCUUACUUAUAAUAAUAGUACUACAUAAAUUAUAAAUAAAUGAAAUUAAUAUAUAAAAUGCUAGAAACAAUAAUAGCAGCUUGUAUUGUUAAGGGUAUUCUUAUGAUGUUAUCAUAUGCCUUAUUUAGCAUUUAUUCAUAAAUGGCAUAAUGACGCAGUCAUAGUCUUAGGAAGUUUUUGAUAAAGUUAGAACUAGUUUAAAGUUAUCAAGAAUUACUGUGCAUUCUACGCAUGCAGGAUAAGUUAGGACUCCUACUUUGUUUUGUUUUAAGUUGUAAUUUAGCCUGUAUGCAUAGCAUGACUUAAAUUUUUAUAACAUUUGUAUAAAGAAAUGGCUUUCAAUGGCUAGUUGCCUCACACAUAAUAUACAAAUAGUCUGAACACUAAUCUAACUGUCAAAUAAUAAGUUAUUUAAAUAAGAGGGUUGAUAUUGAUUGUCCACACAGAGAUAUAGACAGAUUUUGUUGGGCAGAUACAGUUUUAUUCUGCUAUUGUAUUUUUAAGUACCAUGUUCUGGAUUACCCUAAUUUAAUUUUGACAUUAAAAAAUAUUCAACCACCAUUAAUUUGGUUUUGCGAGUGAGUUUCACUUUCUAACUAGAAUCAAUAUGGUUAUGAAAUCAAUUUUGAAAAAUAAGCCAGUGUUUUUCAUAGGCUACUAAGUAAACAUUGUUGUAAAAAAAAAUUAAUAAUAAUUAAAAAAUAUUAUUUUGUAGAUACUUGAUUUGAUAAUAAAGUAUUCAGUUACGAAAUUAUUGCAUAAUAUUUCUAAUAAUGUAUUAAUUGAAAGAGAGACAUUUCCUUCUAAUUUCACAAAUUGCUGUUAUUAAAUAUUUCAAUACUGUAAAUAUUAUACAUUUAUGUCAAUAAAUCAUAAAAAUUGUUUAAAUGGAAUGGCCAAGUAAAGAUAGUUCAAGGUGGACAUGUAAAUACAACUAUUAAUAUAAGAAGAUCCUAUAGAAAAUUUACGCCUGUAGUUAGUCCUAUUUAACCACAUUAAAAAGAUAUUAGUAUUUUGA